AUGGUUUCUAUUCGUUUUCCUGGCCAGACAGUAGAGCGAAAGCUCGAGCUGCCACAGUGGAUACCGGACCUGAGCGACGAACAGGUGCUGAAAAUCCAGAACGCGAAGGAAUUGCAGAUCCUUUUCGACGAGUUGGCGAACAAAAUCGAAAAAUUGGAGGAUAGCAACCAGCAGCUCAAAGAUUUUAUCCGCGAAGAACGCGAGGAGCAAGCCGCUGCUCAAGCAGAGACAACUGCACCGACCGACUCGUCUGCAACAUCCUUUACUGCAUCUGCUACUGCAGUGGAGGCAGCUUCUGAUCUACAUUCUGCAGAACAAAAUGCUAUUCUUGGUACUAGUAGGAGCACAGCGUCGACAGCGGAGAGCACGCCGGAUAUUUCUGGGGCGGAGAACCUGAGUGAGCGGCAAGAGGGUGAGUGGACUCUACUUCUUGAUGGAACAGCGGCAGCAAAUAACGCCACAACUUCAGGAGGAAACUUGCUAGAGGACGGUCGAGAACAGGAACAACAUGACCAGGCUCCUGCCGCGCUUUCUGUGGUCAACGCGCCUUCCGGUCUGAGUCAGGAGCAUUUUGAACUAGUUUCCGCGAUUUUCGAAAACAACCACAUUUUGAUUCAAAUGAAAAAGCGAAUGGACCUCCUGAAAACGCGAAUUGAUAAGCUCACUCUAUCUCAAGGAAUGGCACUCUAAGUCUAACUUGACACAAACAAAGAAGCAAAUAACCUCACUUAGUGUCUCAAGAUAAUGGCCCGUAUUUCGCACAACAUCGAAGUACGUGAAAGUUAUGUCCCCUACAACUUCUUACCAAACGUCCCUGAUUCGACCAAAACUCACUCCAUGAAACUACUGAAGGCCCAAAGCACUAUCGAG